UUUUAUUUCAUACUUUAUCUUUAAAAAAAAGCCUGGCAUCUGUUCCACUGACGAGCUCGUCUGAUCCAGCACGUGCGUCGCAGCACGCGGCCACGCCCCCUCCGCAGCAAGUCCUGUCACGUGAGUGGGUGAGGGCGGGGGGCACGUGUUUUGCCACGAGUGUCCUCACGACUCGCCUGCAACACAGGCACGUUCCUUUUCAACCCUUUUUUGUGUGCUUGGAAAACCCGUGAAGGUGAACAUAGCCGCCGGUUGGUUUGUGGCAACAUUGUAAACAUAACCCAAAUGUCUUUUCCGAGUGCCGAGACGUCCGCAUUUGAUAUGAUUUACGUAGUCUUUUUUUCCCAAAUACUUUUUAGACUGGAAUCUUUUUUAAAAUGAAGGUAGUUAAAAGAAUUAAAAGAAUAAAAUACAAACUAAUAAAUUAAAAAGACCACUGGCGUACUCCAUGAGGACAGUCCUAUAUACAUGACAGACUAAUCAGCCAAUCAGCUUCUACUAUGCCUCGAAUGGGCGUGGCUUUUUCCUCAUGAAUAUCCAACACGCGCUCUGUAUGGGCACGGACAACACAAAGGGGAGCAGUGUAGUUCCGCAUCUCCGUGUUCUAUCUUCGACAGACGGACUUAAACAUCGCAGAAGUUGGAAGGUGACCCAUAGUACCGUUAUAUAUAUUAUUUUAAUCCUACGGCGAACAAUGCCCGGUAAAGCAGCGGUGGCUGUCUCGCUUCAGCCCGACACAACCGUCGACCCAGCGGCUAAGAAUAAGUCUUUCCCGUUUGUCAUAAAGAAGAUUAUGGACAUCCCCCCUCCCAACAUUCUGGAGGAAGGCGACGACGAGCUCGAGAAGGAGAAGCUGGGCUCAGCUGACGAUGUGGAGGGGGGCGGGGUUGCUGCAGCCAGUGCUGGUGGGGCUCCAAGGGGGGGCGGUGGGGGCAGCGCCGGACUGGUGUCAGCCUCAUUGACCCCAGCCAUUUGGGAGAAGACUAUUCCCUACGAUGGGGAGACCUUCCAUCUGGAGUACAUGGACCUGGAUGAGUUCCUGUUGGAGAAUGGAAUUCCCGCAAGCCUGGAGGAUGAGGACCUGCAGAAGACGCUGACACCGGACGGAGGGAAAGGCAAGAGCACCCUCAAGGUUAGGGCCAUAGCCAGCGCCACGACGACGUCGGCAUCCACGUCUCCUCUGCAUGAUCCCGACACCUCUACGGUCACCUCAGAUCCAGAGGAAGCGGUGACUGUCACCACGCUACUGCCCGCCAAAUUGGAGGAUGACGACGACGACAAUGAUGACGAAGAGGAUCAAGAAGAGGAAUCUUUGCCACAUGAGGCAAAAGCAGCAGAAGCUGUGGAAGUGAAUAAACACAAUCAUGGUACUGGAGAGCGUAACACGCCGUCUCCCGUCAACCCGGACGACAUCGAGGUGGAUGUUAACUUUCAGCCAGAUCCGACCGACCUGGUCCUGUCCAGUGUGCCGGGGGGAGAACUGUUCAACCCGCGCAAACACAAGUUCUCUGAUGAGGAGCUCAAGCCGCAGCCCAUGAUCAAGAAGGCCAAGAAAGUGUUUGUCCCCAAUGAACAGAAGGAUGACAAAUAUUGGUCCAGGAGGAAGAAGAAUAACCUGGCCGCCAAACGUUCCCGUGACGCCCGCCGUCUCAAAGAAAACCAGAUCACAGUGCGCGCCUCUUUCCUGGAGCGGGAGAACGCAGUGCUGCGACAGCAAGUGGCAGAGAUGCGGAAAGACUGCGGUCGCUGCAAGAGCAUUGUGGCCCGCUAUGAGGCCAAGUACGGCUCGCUGUAAAGACCUGGUAAAAAUCAACCAAGUAUCAAUCUGACAAAAGCAGAACUUCCUACCCCGCAGAAUUCAACACAGACACAAACACACAAGGGAAAUCUAAAUUUGCACUCUUGCUGACCUCCGGUCACUGUGUCGAGCUGCAGUUGCGGGUCCGAACCUGACGCUGGAGUGGCGGCUACACACUGGGGCUGGGCUGGGAGCGGGUGGUCAUGGGAAGGUCUGUGGAGAGCGCCUGGCUCCUUCACUGAGAGGAAGGCAAUGACACUCCCCCGGACAGAGACAAAUGGAAAAUAUGGUUGGUCUUGAGAUACUUUCAAGGAAGUCAGGAAAUAUGAAAAUGGUAGGCUUAUAACACAGAAGUCACACAAAUCAUUUUUUUUUUAAUCACUGCAUAGCACUUCUUUCCGUGGACCAAAGCAUGAGUGCCAUCAGUUGUGUAUUUAGAAUGGUGCCCACUCACCACACUUUUCCUUGUGUCGUGUAUACAUUUGUGUCUAUAAUUCCUUUUCAUUCUCAAGAAGGAUGUAGAGGCUGAGACAGAAGAAGAAUGGAGUAGAAAUCAGGUACUUGGACCUGGAAGGAGUGGAAGCAAUAACCUCAGGUGGUGGAGGAGCGGUUGCAGUGAAUCUGUUUAGUUCUUCUGUCAACACACACACUAUAUGAGUAGUCAUCUCCAGUGUGUAUUCCAUUGUUGCACUUUUUCUUAGAAGACUCGUGGUUGCAAGUACCUUAUUAUCACUGUGGGAGAGACGGUAGCUUAAUAGAAAACAUGCAUAAAGCGCUCGUACUCAGCUUCCCGAGCUUCAUAAAAGAUUUGAUUCAAAAUAUGGCCUUUGAGUCAAUUCCCAAAUGUAUAGGUUUGAAGGUAUUUAGGGCCCUCCUUUUGCGGAGGGGUAUGUAUGUAGGGAUGUUUAUUUUACUACACUCUGCAGGUAGAGGGAGCUUGGAGCCCUCACCUUCCCUUAGUGUUGUGAUGGCUGGAUUGUUCUUAAAAAAAAAAAAAAAAAAAAAAAAAAAACUUGAGUCGUCCACAAAGGCGGUGACUUCAAACCCUGUAAAUAAAUAAAUGAUCGUCUGGAGGUCUUUAUAUCCUAAAACAGGGAUUUUGACUGUGUCUUCAUAAUCCAAUGCUAUUCCUACAAAUAGUCAGUGAGUGCUGUAUUCAUUAUGAUGGUAAUAAUGCAUCCGUUGAUUUUGAUGUACAAGAAUAUGUCAGAUUCUUUAUAUCCAUUUGAGGAAAACGUGUCUAAUGAAAACCAAUGACUAAGCAGGGACUCCAAUGCGUUAACUGUGUUUGUUUUUAAAAACAGAGUCAUCGUUAUAAGCGAUACUUUGUGUCCAUUCAAUAUAUACAUACAGUAUGUGUGUGUCUAACACACAAAGGGCAGGGUAUACUCUUACCUCAUCCACCACUUCUUGGUUUAAAAAAAGAAUUGAACAGGUGAUGGUUGGAGCACAGAACACGUACAGUAAAUGCAGCGUAUAGUUCUGUUUGGCAAAACAUCAAGUCCUAUUUUUAUUUUUUUUUGGGAGUUGUCAGACUGGCUGGCUGUUUUAUUUAGUAAGUACAUUACAGACUGUUAUAAGACUCCGGUGUCUUCUACAGAUGCUGAGUUUUUUUUUUUUUUUUUUGGGUGAUUGGUGGGCUUGUGCUCCAAUUGUGGCAAUAAUAUCCCGUUAUAUAUUGCUUGUUUGAUUUCGGUGGUAUUGUGUGUAAAACUACCAUGGGGUUUUUUUUAAAGAUGAAAUGCCCCAAAGUUUUCUCUGUGCUUCCAAUUUGAUCCUCUGUAGUCUAGGAUCCUAAUGCAUGAAACCCAGUGUACUUUGUCUUCUAUCAAUGUCUUGACUAUUCUACACCAAGUGUACUUAUGUCUGUAAAGCAUCACUGAAGAGCAGACAUGCUUCUGAUGGGCGUAUUAAUGCAGAGCAUCUGUAUUAUGAUGUUAUGACCCGUAUAAGAAUGCCAGCCAUCUGAGUGCGGUCCGCUUGAUUUACUCUUGGGGCAAACAUCAAACAUCCGCUGAAAAUGGCAUCUUUUGAUCACUGUGUGGAUUAUUUCCUAUGAAUUACAAAUUGAUCCAUAUGUAGAUUCACUGGAUCAGUUGGUGCUUAAGCGUUUUCUUGAUUGUUUCAGUUUCAAGAGGGUGAAGUAUAACAGACAAUUCUUAUUUCGAGAGUUUAUUUUGCAUUGACAUUCAAACAAAAUAUGCACUCCUGUUCAUGUGUCAGUACAGCCAGUGAGUUUUAAAAUUAAAUUCAAAGAGGUGUGCAUACUUCUGACAAAGCCCCUAGAGAAUAUUUUCGAUCAUUUACUGGGGUAGGUCAGUAUGUAGCAUUUAUUUAUUUAUUUUUUAAUUGCUGCGAAGCAACCAUGUGAAACCAGCUUAAAGAUAACAGAUACACACUGUCAUAUGAAACAAAUUCCCAAUUCUAUGUAGUAUUAGUCUGCUCCACUAAGAACAAAAAGAGCAUUAACGUGUGGUUGAAAAAGUUCCACUUCUAAAGUGUGCUGCACUUGCACCACUAAACACGUGCAAGCUCUUGUAGUUUUAUUUGUGGCUACUGCAUCUUUAUUUGAUGUACAACACAAACUAAAACAUUGUUUUUCAUGUUUAGUAAUGUGCAUGUAUAAGAUAUGCUCCUCAGUGUAAAACUUAAAUUGUCAAGCACAAACCCCAUUUAACAAUGUUUUUUUUUUUCUUUACCCCUUGGUGAUGCUAAUGUGUACAAUGGAAGGUAAAGGUAAAUCAGCCCUGUUUAGUUCUUAAACGGCUUAGUUUUUCUCCGCAUCACUUAGACUUGUUCGCUAUUUGAAGCAGCUACAACUCUAUAAUACAGAAAAACUAUUUAAUGGUAUCAGGACAUUUGAAGAUUUUAUUUGGAUUUUUUGGUGUUUUGCAUUACUUUGUUUCUAUAAAAAUGAUUGUUUUUGUAUGGUCCUAACCAUGUAUGGAUACAUGACACUGCAUAGUCCUGUAUCAUGUAUCAUGCAUAAAAAAUAAAUCAAGUUGUAAAGACAAA